AUGGCGCUUUGCCCGCUAGCACCCGCCACGUGUCACGCCACUCGAACGCCACUAGCGUCGAGUGCGGGGAAGAGUGCGGGGAAGAGUGCGGGGAAGAGUGCGGAGAAGAGUGCGGGGAAGAGUGCGGGGAAGCGUGCGGGGAAGAGUGCGGGGAACAGUGCGGGGAAGAGUGAGGGGAAGAGUGCGGGGAAGAGUGCGGGGAAGCGUGCGGGGAAGAGUGCGGGGAAGAGUGCGGAGAAGAGUGCGGGGAAGAGUGCGGGGAAGCGUGCGGGGAAGAGUGCGGGGAAGAGUGCGGAGAAUAGUGCGGGGAAGAGUGCGGGGAAGCGUGCGGGGAAGAGUGCGGGGAAGAGUGCGGGGAAGAGUGCGGGGAAGAGUGCGGGGAAGCGUGCGGGGAAGCGUGCGGGGAAGCGUGCGGGGAAGAGUGCGGGGAAGAGUGCGGGGAAGAGUGCGGGGAAGAGUGCGGGGAAGAGUGCGGGGAAGAGUGCGGGGAAGAGUGCGGGGAAGAGUGCGGGGAAGAGUGCGGGGAAGAGUGCGGGGAAGAGUGCGGGGAAGAGUGCGGGGAAGAGUGCGGGGAAGAGUGCGGGGAAGAGUGCGGGGAAGAGUGCGGGGAAGAGUGCGGGGAAGAGUGCAGGGAAGAGUGCGGGGAAGACUCCUGCUUCUGCGUUUAUUGGGUUGCACCAUGUGGGGAUAUUGUGCGCGGAUCUGGACAAAGCACUUGACUUCUACUGCGGCGUGCUGGGCCUGGAGGUGAAUGACUCGCGGCCCAAUCAGAAGCUGCCAUAUGGCGGCAAAUGGUUGUGGAUUGGUCAAGGGGAGGGCAGCAGGGGUGGCAUGAUCCACCUUAUGGUGCUGCCCAAUCCUGAUCCGACAUCUGGCAGACCUGAGCACGGCGGUCGGGACCGACACACGUGCAUCGAGGUUGCUGAUGUGGCACCGCUACAGGCUGCGCUGGAUAGAGCAGGAAUUCCUUACACUAUGAGCCAGUCAGGCCGGCCAGCUGUGUUCUGCCGUGACCCAGAUGGGAAUGCUCUGGAGUUUGCACAAUUUUAG